UUACUUAGAUGUGAAAGUCCUUGACAAUCUUCAACCACACAAUAGUUUAAAGCAAUUGCGGAUAUAUUCAUUCAUGAGUGUCAGAUCUGCAAUAUGGAUGAACAAUAUAAAUUUGAUCUCAAAUCUAGAGUGCAUUCGAUUAGAAGAGUGCUUGGAGUGGCAAAUUCUUCCACCUUUUGGGCAGCUUCCCUACCUUAAGUUUCUCCUUCUUCGUAACAUGCCAAAAGCAAAACUGUUUGACAAUAAAUUUCAUGGAAAUGGCAAGGUUUGCCUCUUUCCAUCACUGAAGGUGCUAGAAAUUGAAAAAUUGGAAGUAUUAGAGGAUUGGUUUGAUGCAGCAGCAGUAGCAGAUGUUGAUUGUUUGUUUCCUUGCUUAACUGAACUGUACCUAAGAGACUGCCCACAUUUGCAAGAGCUUCCCUUUUUGCCUCCUAAGCUCAAGAAAUUGGAGAUUGAUAACAUUGGGUGGAAAGAUUUUUAUUGGCUUCAAUGUGCUAGCAAUGGUUGCAUCCAAGAGCUAAAAAUUACAAAGAAUGAUGAGUUGGUUUCAUUUCCAAUUGAGGCAGAGCAGUGGUUUCUUCAAGCUAGUUCAUCACUUCAUAAGUUGUACUUUAUGGGGCUCAAAUCCCUACAGUUUCUUCCUUCCUCCUUGGCAAGCCUCUCCUCACUUAAGAUUUUACAUGUGAUAAAUGCUCCUCAACUCCAAAUGUUGUCGAACAUCCCUGCCUCUCUGAAAAAAUUGGAACUUGGUAAUCUCGAUACAUUGCAAUGCCUGCCAUCUUCUUUGUCCAUCUCUUCUCUUGAGGUCAUUUAUUUAUUCAGCAUUCCUCUCCUCAAAUCAUUGCCAGACCUCCCUCCUUCUUUGCGUUCGAUGAAAAUUUACCUUGAGAACCUGUGUUGCUGGCCUGCUUGCCUUCCUAGCCUUUCUUAUCUCCAAAAAAUUAGUAUUAGUUAUGCUCCUCACCUUCAAGAAUUGCCAGAACUCCCUUCAUCCCUUUGUGAACUGAGCUUUAUAACUCUUGAAUCCCUACAAACUCUCCCUUCCUCAUUGACAAGCCUCUCUUCACUUGAGAUUCUAUCCAUAAUUGAUGUUACUCAACUUCGGCUACUGCCAAACUUUCCAACCUCUCUAGAACGAUUAUCACUUAGAAAUAUCAAAUCAUUACAGUGUUUGCCAUCUUCUUUGGCGUCCAUAUGUUCUCUCAAGUAUCUUUAUUUAGCGGACAUUCCGCUCCUCAAAUCAUUGCCUGAUUUCCCUCCUCCUUUGUGUUGGCUUCACCUAUGUGACCUUGAGAAUCUAGAUUGCUUGCCUUCUAGCUUGUCCAGCCUUUCUUCUCUCCAAAAAAUUAAUAUUGAUAAAGUUCCUUUGCUCCAAGAAUUACCAAACCUCCCUUCAUCCCUUUGUCAAUUAGCAUUUACAAAGCUUAAAUCUCUGCAGUUAUUGCCAAAUAUCCCCGCCUCUCUAGAAGAAUUAAGCCUUUCAGGUCUCGAAGCAUUGCAGUUCCUGCCAUCUUCUUUGUCCAUCUCUUCCCUCAAAAGACUUCACUUGACAGAAAUUCCGCUCCUAAAAUCAUUGCCAGACCUUCCUCCCAAUUUGAAAUAUCUGUUCAUCAAUAAUCUUCCUCAGCUCCAACUAUUGCCAAAUAUCCCCGCCUCUCUAAAAGAAUUAAGCCUUUCAGGUCUCGAAGCAUUGCAGUGCCUGUCAUCUUCUUUGUCCAUCUCUUCCCUCAAAAGACUUCACUUAAGAAGAAUCCCGCUGCUAAAAUCAUUGCCAGACUUUCCUCCCGGCUUAAAAUCAAAAGACUUCUUUGUCGAAGACUGUCAUCGAGAGUUGAUGGAGCGAUAUCAAAGUUUUUACAAACCCACCUUGAUUAAUGAUUACAAUGUAAAAUUUAUUGGCAAAAGACUUAGAGUCAACUUACCGACUACGCGGCAGCUUCGUCUUCUCUCUCGGUCAUUAGCCACCUCUCACUCUCUCUCGUCAAGUUUGAUUGUUUGCUUCUUCUUGAUCGAAGCCAUGGCAGAAUGGUUUUUUGGCCCAAUCAUGGAGAAGAUCAGAAACACUUGCUUUGAUUACCUGCAAGAUCAAGUUGGAUUGCACACUGACAUGAAGGAGGCGCUGGAAAGGCUACAAACACUCCACCCCAUGAUUCAAUCUGUCAUCUUUUCUUGCAACAAAGCGCAGAUCAUAGAUCAAAACCCAGCUCUCAACAGAUGGCUAUGGCAGCUUCGAGAAGCCAUUGAUGAGGCAGAUGAUGUGCUCGAUGACUUUGAGUACAUGAAACAUGAGGAACAGCUGACCAAAAACAAUGAUGAAACAAAGAAAAGAAAGGCGUCUUCCAGCGCGAGCUUCCUGAUUGAAAGUUUUCGCAAAAUUUUCAUAGCUAGUGACCGUGCUAUCAAAAUGCAUCCCAACUUGAACAGACUGAAGGAGGUUGUGCAGAAACUUGAUAAAGUUUCAGCUGAGGUUAGUACUUUUCUUCAUCUUUUAGAAAGUACAAAGCAGGAGCAGCAGGAGCAGCAGCGUGAGUUGUACAAAGCACGUGAAACAGGAUCCUUGCCUAGAAAUGAUCUCAUCGGUAGAGGCAAAGAUAAGGAGUUUGUUAUGCAGUGGUUGAGGAAGCCAUCAAAUGAGCAUCGGGGAACUGAUUUGUACAGAAACAUUUCUCUUCUAUCUAUAGUGGGGCAUGGUGGUAUGGGAAAGACUACUCUCUUGCAACAUGUCUAUGAAGAAGAUGAAAUGACAGAGGAAUUUGAUCUUAAAAUGUGGGUUUGUGUUUCCAACAACUUUGAUGCGCAAAAAGUCAUUGCAGAUAUGUUGCAAUCUAUUCAAAAGGAGAAGCCUAAUUUGGAUUCACUUGAUCCACUUCAAGGGAAACUUAAGGAGGAGGUGAUGUCCAAAAGGUUCUUACUGGUCCUUGAUGACAUUUGGGGUGAGGAGGAGGAACGGGAUAAAAGUAAAUGGGAGAAUGUGCUCGCCCCUUUGUCUUGUGGAAGUUUGGGAAGUAAAAUUUUGGUAACAACUCGGAUGGACUCUGCUGCAUCGAUAAUUGCAAAAGUGAUUAAAAAGAAGAAAGAAACAUUGACAUUACAAGGCUUAGAUGAGGAUGAAUGUUUGCAGCUCCUCAACACCUAUGCAUUUGCUGAUGUAGAGAAUCUUGAUGAUCAUAAAAAGUUAAGAUUUAUUACUGGACAGAUAGCUAAAAAGCUUUCGGGGUCUCCGUUAGCAGCAAAGGUCAUGGGCGGUAUUCUGAAUUCUAAUUUGGAUGAAAUGCAUUGGAGGAAAGUUUUGGAUUGUGAUACUGGAAUUAUAAAAUUGGGUCAAAAUGAUAUCAUGCCGGUCUUAAGAUUGAGCUAUGUAUACCUCCCACAACCUCUACAAAGUUGUUUCACAUUUUGUUGCAUAUUCCAACAAGAUCAUGAAUUUGAUAAAGAUGAUUUAGUCCGAAUGUGGAUUGCAUUGGGUUUCAUUCAGUCAUCUUAUAAUCAAGGAGAAACUUUGGAGGAUAUUGGAGGAAGGUAUUUUGAUACUUUGGUUAAGAAAUCAUUUUUUGAUAAAUAUGGUAAUUUUUACAAAAUGCAUGAUUUAUUACAAGAACUGGCACAAUAUAUUUCUGCACAAGAAUGCUUCAAAAUUGCGGGUGAAAAUGAGUUGUCUUGUAGAAUUCCUGAAACCAUUCGACACUUGGCUGUUAAAACUAACAAUCUAGAAGUGGUCAGAAAGAUUGAGAAAUUCAAAAAUUUGCGUUCACUUCACUUAACUUAUAGCAAAGGUGGUCAAGAUUUUAUUGAUGUACUUACUAAAAUUUUUGAAACAUUGAGAAGCAUUCGCUUGUUGUGCAUAGACAAUAUACUCCUUACAAUGAUACCCGAGGCAAUUGGAUAUUUAAGACAUCUUCGAUAUUUGAAGAUUGGCAUGAGUAGUGUUGUUCAACUGCCAAGAUCCUUGAGCAAUCUUUAUCACUUGAUGUUUAUAAUAUAUGAUAAAGGAGUUUUGCAUAUUAAAAAUGAUUUCUUACCGAAGGAUUUAAAUAAUCUUUUUAAUCUACGUGACUUGAAAUUGACUUGGGAUGUCAUUCCUGGGAUGCAUGGGAUUGGAAAGCUAAAAUCUCUUCAAAGGCUAGAUGGGUUUUAUAUUAAGAAUGAAAUUGGUUAUAAAAUUGGGGAGUUAGAGCAUAUGAAUGAUCUUCGCCAGUUAAGAAUCAAACUUCUUCAAAAUGUGAAGGAUGCCGAGGAGGCUUGUAGUGCCAAAUUAUAUCAGAAGAGGAAUCUCAUGGAUUUGUCUUUAGAAUGGAAUGGCCAUCAUUGGGGGCGUUCUAUAUCAACUUAUACAUUUAAUACUAUACCAACAUCACGACGAAGUUUUGAUCCUUACUUAGAUGAGAAAGUGCUUGACAAUCUUCAACCACACAAUAGUUUAAAGCAAUUGCGGAUAUAUUCAUUCAUGGGUGCCAGAUCUGCAAUAUGGAUGAACGAUAUAAAUUUGAUCUCAAAUCUAGAAUACAUUCGACUAGAUGAGUGCUUGGAGUGGCAAACUCUUCCACCUUUUGGGCAGCUUCCAUUCCUUAAGUCGCUCAUUCUUCGUGACAUGCCGAAAGUGAAACGGCUUGAUAAUAAAUUUUAUGCAAAUGGCAAAGAUUGCUUCUUUCCAUCACUAAAGGUGCUACAUAUUGAUAAAUUGCAAGUAUUAGAGGAAUUGUUUGAUGCAGUAUCAGUAGCAGAAGGUGACUGUUUGUUUCCUUGCUUAAUUGAACUGUUCCUAAAAGACUGCCAAAAUUUGCAAGAGUUGCCCUUUUUGCCUCCUAAGCUCAAAAAAUUGGAGAUUGAUAACAUUAGGUGGAAAGAUUUUAAUUGGCUUCAAUGUGCUAGCAACUCUUGCAUCCAAGAGCUGAUAAUUAAAAGGAAUGAUGAGUUGGCUUCAUUUCCAAUUGAGGCAGAGCAGUGGUUUCAUCAAGUUAGUUCAUCCCUUCAUACGUUGUACUUUUUGUAUCUCAAAUCCCUGGUGUCGCUUCCUUCCUCCUUGCCAAGCCUCUCCUCACUUAAGGUUCUACGCGUGAGAAAUGCUCCUCAACUCCAAAUGUUGCCGAACAUCCCUGCCUCUCUGGAACAAUUAGUACUUUAUAAACUCGAAUCAUUGCAAUGCUUGCCAUCUUCUUUGUCCAUCUCUUCUCUCACGGUCCUUGAUUUAGAAAGCAUUCCUCUCCUCAAAUCAUUGCCAGACCUCCCUCCCUCUUUGCGUUCGAUGAGAAUUUAUUGUGAGAACCUGUAUUGCUUGCCUUCUUGCCUUCGUAGCCUUACUUAUCUCCAAAACAUUAUUAUUAGUGAUGCUCACCUCAAGGAAUUACCAGAACUCCCUUCAUCCCUUUGUGAACUGAAAUUUACAGAUCUUGAAUCACUACAAUCUCUGCCUUCUUCUUUGACAAGCCUCUCUUCACUUGAGACUCUAUCCAUAAUUAGUGUUAAUCAACUUCGGCUACUGCCAAACUUUCCCACCUCUAUAAAAAAAUUACAACUUAUAGACCUCCAAUCAUUACAAUGUUUGCCAUCUUCUUUGUCGUCCAUCUAUUCUCUUAAGUAUCUUCUUUUAGAGGACAUUCCACUCCUCAAAUCAUUGCCAAACUUCCCUCCUUUUUUAUGUUGGCUAAUCCUACGUGACCUUAAGAACCUAGAUUGCUUGCCUUCUUGCUUGUCCAGUCUUUCUUCUCUCCAAGAUAUUACAAUUAUGGAUGUUCGUCGGCUCCAAGAAUUACCAAACCUCCCUUCAUCCCUUUGUAAGCUACAAUUGAUAGGGCUGAAAUCUCUGCAGUUAUUGCCAAACAUCCCCACCUCUCUGAAACAUUUAGACCUUUCAUAUCUCAAAGCAUUACAGUGCCUGCCAUCUUCUUUGUCCACCUCUUCCCUCAAAAGUCUUUACUUACAAGGAAAUCCACUCCUAAAAUCAUUGCCAGACCUCCCUCCCAGUUUGCAUUCUCUAUUAAUCAGGUACUGUGAUCCAGAAUUGAUGGAGCGAUAUAAAAGUUUUAAAGGAUCCUGAUUAGCAGAAGAUUGCUCACCUGCAUGUGAUGAUCAGAAUGUAAAUUUUGUUGGCAGAGUAAGCAAAUCAUAAAGUGGAUCCAAGCAUCAGAUGAAUGACCUGUAUGCAAUACUCUAGCAGGAAACUGAGGAAGAGAAACUAUGUACAUGUA